AGAGACCCAAUAUUAUUAUUGUUUAUAGCGUGUCAUCGCCGCACUUGGUUGGUACGCCUUGCUGUCGUUUCCAGCGAUUAGCAUUUCUGACCCGCAGACUUCAUUUAGAAUGCGGUUUCGCUCGGCAACGCGGGGAACUUUUUGAUGCAAACGACAGGAGAGAAACAAAAGCUCGUUUUAUGUGGGUUGCGAACAGCCGGAGGUUUUGUUUUUGCGCGUUUCUGUGCAGGCUGGAAGUUUCCGAGGAGACUUUGAGGGGAGGUGCGCUGGCGCCGAGUCUCCUUCUCUUCCUUUGGCGUUCCUGGUGGAAAUUGAACUCCAAGUUUGGCGAGUUAUCACUGGAACUGAGCGGAUACCCGGACUGGGAGCGUACAACAGCGGCGGCUCGUAGAGACAGAAGAUCACAAGCACACGCUCCCGGGAGUAACCGCAACGGCAACGAAUUAAAAUAAAAGGAGAAAGUUUAUUUCCACCGGAGUAACCAAGUGACCCUGAAAUUGCAAGACGGGGACUGAAACGCCCAAGGGGGCCGCGAGGAUGGCCAAAGACCACCUGAAACCCCGCUUGUGCCACAUGAUAAAAGCGGAAAAUGGCUACGGUUUCCACUUGCACGGGGAGAAAGGCAAAAACGGCCAAUACAUCCGUAAAGUAGAGCCCGGUUCACCGGCGGAGGCGUCGGGUCUUUGCGCCGGGGACCGGGUGGUCGAAGUUAACGGCGAGAACGUGGAGAAGGAGACGCACCAUCAGGUCGUGCACCGGAUCAAGGCACUGGAGAAUGAGACAAGACUACUAGUGGUGGACAAGGAGACUGAUGAAUACCUGCGUAAUCAGCGGCUCGCUGGUACAGAGGAUUACGGCCAGAACCUCCCAGCAGUUAAGACCAAGGACAAUGGUGAAGUGUGGAAACCGCAAGUAGUUCUGAGCAGUGGUGAGCCUACAAGAUUAUCAAACAAGUCCAUUGAUAGCAAUAACAAGGCACUGAAUGGACAGACCAAAGAACUGUGCCCUCGGCUGUGCUGCAUGCAGAAGUGCCAAAAUGGCUAUGGCUUUAACCUUCACAGUGAGAAAGCGAAACCAGGGCAGUAUAUCCGAUCUGUUGAUCCUGAUUCCUGUGCUGCUAAAGCUGGCCUGCGGCCUCAGGACAGAGUUGUGGAGGUGAAUGGUGUGAACAUUGAAGGGAAGAAACAUAGUGAAGUUGUAGCUCAUAUCAAGGCCUGUGAGGAAGAGGCCAGGCUGUUGGUGGUGGAUCCAGAAACAGAUCAGUACUUCAAGAAACUUGGAAUAACUCCAACUGAAUCACACCUGAAAGGCCCUUUGCCACAACCACUGGCAAAUGGAUCUCCACGAACACAGGUGAAAGGAGAGCUGGACAAUGACCCAUUUGUAGAGAGCGGAUUGAAUCUAAGUCCCACAGCAGCUGAAACCAGAGAGAAAGUGCAGGCUAAACGCAAGAACAAGAGGGCACCUCCAAUGGACUGGAACAAGAAGCAUGAAAUUUUCAGCAACUUUUAAACUGGAUGGACUGUCCCAUUGGACGUUUCAGUUCCCUUGACCUUCAGACAGAGUUAACAUCAUUCAACUGAUUUUUCUUUUCGCCCCUCUGCAUCAAUUUGCUGGCAUGGUAGAAGAAGAAAAAUGCCUGUUAAUAUGAUCAUUAAAGGACUGUGACCAAAGCUUAUUUUUAUGCCAGCUGCUUAUUUGCUUUGUGCUUGAGGUAUAUGUUGCCCAAGAUUUGUUGUAGCGCGGUUUUAAUCAUACUAGAUGACUGUUUUCCAUCAGGUUUUUUGUUUGCUUAAUUUUUUUUAUAAGGGCUGGGCUCUGAUUACUGCAAACAGCCCUCAUUACAGCACAGAAUAACUGGAUUAUUAGGCUUACUUUCUGAAGUAGAAUGUCUUUUGUGACAGCUUGAGUAUGACUUGUCUCAUCGAAUCGCCUCCAGUCUACCAAUCCUUACACUCCAGCAACAUGUUGGGCUUUCUGUUAAGUGUUUCCAGAGCUGCCUGGCUAAAAGUGUCUUUGUUUACCUGGUCCUGUCUUUUUACACUCACUGGUUAUAGUUUCACCAGAUGGCGCUUGAAAUGCAGUCUUAUUAGUUUUAAUGGAAAUUUAUAAAAUGUGAGGCAGGUAAGAGGGGGGAUACAAGCCAGAUACUUUAUUCCUGAGCAUUACAACCUUGAUGUAAUACACUAGAUAGAGGAACCAUUUACUGCACAUAAGAAAUGUCUUAAUUCUUAUUUUUGUAUACUAACUGCUGUUUUAGGCAGCACUGAAAAUAUUUUUUACAUAUUUUCCCCUGCAACAUUUUCACUAGAUUCAUAUUGAUUGUAAUCAGUUGUUACUAAGUGAACUGAGUUAUUUCAAGCAAUGACAAUUGAGUGCUAAUAAUGGAGAUUAAAUAUUGGCUGACCAUACACUGAAACAUCAUCAUUGGUUUGAAUUGGGAGAGGGAGACACAUUUAAUGCCAUCACUGGUUAUCUAUUAAGCACGUGCUUCACAAUAGAUUUAGACUGAUUUAGUUCAGAAGUAAGGUUUCAUUUGUGGGUUUUAUCACAAAAUAUAAUCGUUGGCAUGAACCAAAUUACUUUCAGUAUUCACAUUGAUCCUUAUUAAAUGCAGUAAUAAAAUCUAUUUGAAACAUAUGUUCAAAGGAUUCCUGCAGGCUGGUGCUCUAAUGAGGUGAAAGUAGUUGGAAGAGAGAGGUUUAAGAUUGUCAAGGAUGUAUUUCCUGCAACGACUGAGAAUUAUAAAGGCUACCAGGUCAGUCUGUUUCGAUGUUCUAGCUUCUGACCAGCUCCUUCGGUUUAGACAUCUUUUUUUCCCUGCGUUCCCUCUUUUAAUGCUUUCCAGACCUGAAUUCUGAGAAUAAAAUAACUCUCUUUCUUGUGUGCCUGUGUGCUCUAGUUGUAAGCAAGACCCUUUCUGCAGCUGGCUGCAAUUCUUGGAUAAUUUUUUUUUGUUGCAAUGCUCAGCUUUUAACUUUGACCUCUUGUGACACACACCAUGGCUGUUUAUUUCCAACCUUGUAUAUUUUAAUGAUCCUUAUUCACACAAGGCCAAAAUCUAUGUGCCACAUUUUGAAUAGUAUCUACAUAUUCAAGGUAUAAAAUGAUUAGAAAUAUUGCAUAACACUGCUAACAGAGGAGUCUGUAACACUGUUUGGGAUUUGCGUGGAUCUUGUAACUUGUAGACUGAAGCAAGCAUGAACUUUCAACAAAUCUUUGUGUGAAACAUGGAAUUACUGGAAACACUCAGCAAAUCAGGAAGCAUCUUUGGAGAGACAAAGCAGUGUUAAUAUUUCAGAAAUACAAACAAAGGCUUGAAGAAACCCAGCAAGACUGGGAGCAUCUGUAGAGAGAGAAAUAGUUAAAUUGAACUUGAAGCAUUAGGUUUGUUUUUGUCCACAGAUGCUGCCAGAACAGCUGAUUUGAUCCAGUUCUCUCUCUCUCUCUCUCUCUCUCUCUCUGUCAAUUUCUGAAUAUCCAGCAUCUGCAAUAUUUUGCUUCUGUUUUAGGGUUAACAGUUCAAGUUGAUUACUGCCACUAGAACAUAUCACUAAAAUCUCAUAGUAGAUCAUUUUGACCUGAAAUGUUUAACACUUUGUAUUUCUCUCCACAAAUGCUAAAUGAUCGAGGUUUUGUUUUUGUUUCUGAUUUCUAGCAUUCACAGGAUUUUUAGUUUGUUGUAAUUUCAGUUUAAAAUGCUGGAAACAAAAUGGGCUGGAAAAAGUUAAAUGCUGAUAAGGAACAUUAGGUGGUACGUGGACUGUCGUCAGCCCUGAGAGGUGGAAUGUAUUAAUCAGCAUGAAAGCCAUUUGUAAUAGGAACUGAAUAAUCUUUGCUUUCUAGCUGAAUAUGUGGCAGUCGAUAAUGCAAGAUAAAUUGCUACUUGAAGGAAAGCACGCAAACAUUUAUAUAACCAGGCAAAUUUCUGACACCAGUGAUUUGUGUAGUCAUUAUGUCUUGUACUUCUGGGAAUCUAGUUUGAAACCCCUCGUAAGCACACUUCAGUAACUUGUAUAAUAUGGUCUUCUGUGUAUACUGUAUAUUGUCAAUAAAUGUAUCUCAGCAUGACAAA